CCCUGCUGUUUCUAACUCCACAUUGACCACAUAUCACUACAUCUCUUCCCCUUUUUCUUUGGGAAAUGCAGGGAGGAGACCAGAGGUAGGUGGUUUAAUUAAAGGGCAUGUAUUCUUUGUUGUUCAUGGGACAACAGGGUCAUUUACUGUUUCCCCUUUGGAAACGAGAAACAGAUGAUCGGUGAUUUACUAAUUCUUCUUCCAAUCCAUCCAUCCCUCCCUUCCUCCUGGUUUUUUCAGUUUCCAGCGCAUCCAAUUCAAUUAUCAAAAAGGCUGCAAAUCAAUCCAUGCUGCUGUGCUGCAAGAUCUUUGUCUCUGAAUCACGCAACCGUGCAGCCCUUGAUGCCAUAGAAAGAGCUGCAAGGCUAGACCCAGAAACUGUCGUUGUGAACAAAUUUGAGGAUCGAGCGUACAACAGGAGCCGCUACACUCUUGUUUCAUAUGUUGUUCAUGACAGCACUGGUACUGCUAUUUAUAGCCCCUUGCAACGAACUGUCCUGACCAUGGUUGAGGCUGUUUAUGAAGCCAUAAACCUUGAGCUGCAUUCUGGUGCACACCCUCGGCUCGGCGUGGUUGAUGACAUUGUUUUGCAUCCCUUGGCUCGGUCAUCCUUGGAUGAAGCAGCUUGGCUUGCUAAGGCUGUCGCAGCAGACAUUGGCAACAUAUUGCAAGUGCCAGUUUUUCUCUACGGCGCAGCACAUCCAACAGGCAAGGCCCUGGACACCAUCAGGCGGGAGCUUGGUUACUACAGGCCCAAUUUCAUGGGCAACCAAUGGGCUGGAUGGACUAUGCCUGAAAAUCUCUCCAAAAAGCCCGAUGAAGGCCCAACCCGGGUAUCUCGAUCUAGGGGCAUCACCAUGAUCGGUGCCUGCCCAUGGGUUGGUCUGUACAACGUGCCUAUCAUGUCUACAGAUGUCUCCGCAGCCCGCCGUAUUGCUAGGAUGGUGAGUGCCCGAGGAGGCGGGCUCCCGACGGUGCAAACACUGGGCCUUGUACAUGGUGAGGACUCAACUGAGAUAGCUUGCAUGCUUCUGGAGCCAAACCGGAUUGGAGCGGACAGGGUCCAGUCCAGUGUUGAGACGCUGGCAGCCCAACAAGGGUUGGAUGUGGAAAAGGGCUAUUUCACUGAUUCUUCACCUGCAAAUGAUUCUUGAAAAGUAUCUAAACUUAAUUUCCGCUGACAGAGCUUAAUCACACCAAGGGUGCAAUUGACCCUUCAAAUAAAUGUUGUAUUGCAUAAAUCUUUUAACCUCGUACAACUUGUAUUUAAUUUAAGCGAUUCUCAACCGA